CGCGGCCGUUCGCGGAGCAGCAGCGGCCAACACAGUGUGGGUGCAGAUGAAUUACAAAAAGAAUCUCAUCUUUCUCGCCGGGCGUGUGCAUAUUUUUUCGUUCUCUUUUUAGUUUCUCGCCCACGCCUUUUAUAAUAGUGAAGGAUCGAAUCAUUUUGUGAUCGGUGGCUUUGGAGUCGGAGUUGAAAAUUAAUAUUAUAAUAUCGAGUGUGUUGUGCGUUUGAAAUAUAAAGGUCGUGAGAGCGGCUGCAGCGGCGGCAGGAUGGCUGGUGGUAUGCACGUCUGAUUCACUCUCGGGUGCGACAAACUACUUUUUUGCUCGAUCGGCGCGGAAUUCCAUCGCGGCAUGACCUGCUUAAAGGAUGUUAAUAGCUCCAUUUGGGCAGCUAUUCUCAGUGAAGUGCAAUCCAGAGGCAACACGAAGUUGCCCACAACCAAAUCGGUUCUUGUCCUAGGUGAAAAUGAAAGUGGCAAAACCACGCUAAUAGCCAAACUUCAGGGAGUCGAAGACCCAAAGAAGGGGUCUGGCCUUGAGUACGCUUACAUAGAUGUCCGAGAUGAGUAUCGGGACGAUAACACAAGACUGCGCGUUUGGGUGUUGGACGGCGACCCUGAACAUUCCCACUUGCUCGAGUUUGCGCUCAAUGAGGAGACAUUUAAGGACACAACCAUCAUGUUCACGGUAUCAAUGACCACUCCUUGGGCCAUGCUGGAGCAGCUGCAGAACUGGGCCACACUGCUCCAGGACCACAUCGACAAACUCAAUCUCUCCGCAGACUUUAUCCAGGAGCGCAAACAAGCCGUUCUUAAAAGGUGGCAGGAGUACAUUGAGCCCGGUGAUGAGCUUGAGGCCAGCUCACCAAUGAGACACUCGACUCGAACCCUAGAGGACGAUCUGAUGGAUGAUGAGUUGCCUCUAGGAGAGGGAACGCUUACUCGAAACCUCGGUCUCGAUAUGGUCGUUGUCGUAACUAAGACUGACUACAUGGGAACUUUAGAAAAAGACAUGGAUUAUCGAGACGAGCAGUUUGACUUUAUCCAGCAGUGGAUCCGCAGGUUUUGCCUGCAGUACGGCGCAGCUUUGUUCUACACCUCAGUCAAGGAGGACAAAAACUGUGACCUGUUGUACAAGUAUCUGGUGCAUAGAAUUUAUCACUUGCCCUUCCGCACUCCGGCGCUUGUUGUAGAAAAAGAUGCAGUUCUCAUACCAUCCGGUUGGGAUAAUAUGAAGAAAAUCAGCAUUCUCUACGAAAAUAUGCAAUCGAUGAAGCCAGACGAUUAUUAUACCGAUGUCAUAUCAAGGCCCCAAACUCGAAAGCCUGUUGCAAGAGAAAUUGAAAUCCACGCAGAUGAUGAGCAGCAGUUUUUGAUCAAACAGCAGCAACUUUUGCAGCAGGGAGGCACUCCGUCAGCCCCUCUUGGCAUGACCCGACAGGAGUCUCCUAUGAGGACGCCAACCAGCUCGAAAACCAGCGACAGACGAACAUCAACCACUCCUGGAGUGCAGGGCUCUCCAAAGAAGAUGGAAGCCAAAGUGGGCGCAGCUGCCGGAGGAGAGGGCGUUUUGGCAAAUUUCUUCAACUCACUUCUGCACAAGAAAACCGGCACUCCUUCCCCAGGUAAAGGGUCAGUCAUGGACAAAAAUGCUGUUCGAUCGGACGCUGCUGCUGAGCUGGACCGGCUGACCAGAAACAAAAAAACGUCGUCCCCACCUGGAUCUCCCGACUCUUCGGCAAACUCAAGUUUGGAGCAGCCGCCUUCAUCGUCUGAAUGCUGAGUCGUGACUUGUGAUAGCGUUUCGUAUCGAAAGUACCACCAAGGUCUUAAUAACUUCAUUAUUUGUUUGUUCUCUCAAAGAUCCCUUGUCGAUCAAGAGAUUCAACCCUCAGAGCCUAGUUUUCUUCAUUUUUUGAAGCAUCCACUGUCUCAAAAGAAAGUUUAUGAUUGC